CGCUGAUUGGCCGCGCGGCGCCUUGGCUGCCGUGACGGGGGAGAGGCCGCCACACGCCCGCCGCGGGAGUCACUCCGAGACAUUUGACGUGGGGAUGGCGGGCCGGGCGCUGUGGUGUUCGCAUGGCCAGACCGACGAGGAGCGGCUCAAUGACGGGGGCGUGUCCACGGUGUCCUCCGUCGAGCAGGCCAAGGUAGAAAGAAGUGUUGGGGCCCUGCAGAGUUGCUUUUUGAAUAUAGGAGAACAUGGAAGCAAGGAGCCCGUCUUGGAGCGUGAGAAACACAUAGCCUACCUGCGGAGAGGGUUGAAACAUCUUCCAGAAGGUUUUGUGGUUCUGGAUGCCAGCAGGCCAUGGCUUGUAUAUUGGGCUGUUCAUGCACUUGAGAUACUAGAUGCCAAACUGACGGAUAGUGAAGCCUCUGCCAUCAUAGAUUUUCUGAAGCACUGCCAGAAUCCCACAGGAGGCUUUGGUGGAGGGCCAGGCCAAUACUCUCACCUGGCCCCCACCUAUGCUGCUGUUAAUGCUUUGGUCAUUAUUGGCACCAAGGAGGCCUAUGAUGCCAUCAACAGAGAAACCCUUCAAGAGUUCCUUUGGAGCAUGCGCACAGAGGAAGGGUCAUUCCGCAUGCAUGAAGGUGGUGAGGUGGACAUCCGUGGUGUCUACUGUGCUGUAUCUGUAGCACGACUCACUAACAUCUGCAGUGAAGGACUCUUUGCUGGAACACCCCACUGGAUCAUAAGAUGCCAGUCCUACGAGGGAGGGUUCAGCGGGGCACCGGGCAUGGAGGCUCACGGGGGCUACACUUUCUGUGGUCUGGCUGCCCUCACCCUUCUGCAUGCACACCACCUCUGUGACACACCGUCCCUCCUGAGGUGGGCAGUAAAUCGUCAGAUGCGGUUUGAGGGCGGCUUCCAGGGGCGCACCAACAAACUAGUGGACGGUUGUUACUCCUUCUGGCAGGGUGGCCUCUUCCCCAUCCUGCACACCCUGCUGGCUCAGGAAGAUGCCCAAAACUUGAGUGCUGAGCACUGGAUGUUCAGUCAGGAGGCACUGCAGGAAUAUCUGUUGAUCUGCUGUCAACACUCCCGAGGUGGCCUGAUUGAUAAGCCAGGAAAGGGACCUGAUUUUUACCACACCUGCUAUACAUUAAGUGGCAUGUCAGUAGCCCAGCAUUUCACUACCACAGCAAUACAUAAAAAGUGUAUUGUUGGUCAUCCCUCCAAUGAACUGGUCCCUGUGCAUGCUUUGUACAACGUGGGUGUGGAAGCAGCUGUCAUGGCCUCUCAAUAUUUCAAUAACUUACCUGUGCCUCGAACAAAGCCUUGCAAGGGCCCAGAGGGCAGUGGAGAAAAAGGUCAAACCUAAGGGUCACUGUGAAAGUAAUGUUGUCCUUUAUUGUAAAUAUUUAUUAAAUAAUCAUAUACAUAGUUGUGAGGUGGGCUGAAGAUUCACAGUGGCUUAUUUUUCAUUUACAGUGUUUUUCUUCUCUUCAUUUAACAAGUUGUAAUAUUAAAAAGAUCUCUUCACUUAACAAAUUAUAAUAUUAAAAAGAUCUCAAUUCUUAACUGGGAAUGAAACCUUUGUGUUUAUGUCUUAAGUUCUUAUGUGGAUUGCAAGUUUGUUAGGCAGAAUAUGUAACACCUAUGGAAAAUACAGUGCUGUAAAGUUACAGCUGGAGGUUUCAAGAUCAUUGCAUACAGUAGAAUGUCGCCAAGAAUGUAAUUGGCCCAUUCAUAGCAGGGCCUGUUACCACCAGAAUUUUUAUUUAACUUUAACUUCAGUAACUGAUGCCUGAACAAGAAUACUGGUUCUACAAGGAAACCCUUUCGUUACCUUUGUUGAACUCUUGCAGGUCAUGUUAAUGUUUAAGUUUAAAGAAUGUUAAUGUUUAAGUUUAAGGAUGUUGUAUUGAAUUUCAAAGUGUAAGGUCAGUGCUACAUGCUGGAGAACAUACAUUUUUUGUAACUGCA